CGCGUCCGCUCUCUCCGCUCACAGGCUCUCUCGCCUCAGCGUGAGUCCUCUCCCAGGGCGACCUCACCUACAUUCUCCGAGACCACGAACGCAUCCGUCCUUAAUUUCGGCCCAGACGGCCCCCAGAAGAUUAUCACCCGCGCACACUUGAAGGUCAGCCUGCAGGCGUAUGAGGAUCUUGUGAACAAAUGCGCAGCUUAUCGCACCGCUCUGCUUACCAUGUCGCGGGCGACGGCUGGCUUUGCGGACGCUAUGGGUACUUGUGCUAGUCUUAAGGGCCCGAACUACGAGUCCGGAACGCGCCUCCAGGUUGCGUCUGGACUGCACCACCUCAUCAACAAUCACUUCCAUGUGCUUGCAGAGACAUUGGACAAGCAAUUUGAGAAGCCAUUACGUCAACAUCUCGAAAACUACCGCACUAUCGUGACCGAGCGUUCCAACAGCUAUGAGAGGGCAUUGCAAGAGAGGAGCAACAUCAUCCGACAGACUGAAAUGAGCAAUCUCAAGAAGAAGGGCCGAAAUCUGCAGACGUUCCGCGAAGCCCUUACUGUCCUACAGAAGCAAGUAGACGAGCUCGAUGAGCUCAAGGCACAACAUUAUGAGGAGAUCAUCGAGCACGAAGAGGAGGUGUGGGACUUCGUGCAAGGGAAAGUAUGCCUUGUCGUCCGCUCCACGAUGGACGUCUUCGAUCGGUUCACGAGCAAAGCGUCGGACCCGGUAAUAGAACCUAUGUUGCAGACGGUCCCCGACCCCUUCGACUCAUACGGGCCUCCACCGUCCGAGAACCAAAUUUUUACCAUCCUCCCUCCCCUCUCCGUCAUCGCUAAUGCGCCAUCAUCCUCACCAAGCCCAUUGACAUCGUCGACACCAGAACUAGAGAGUAGCGACGGCAUUCCGUCCACGAAGAGCUCGUGGACUCCGGCCACAGGUGGCUUUUUCCCCGACGCGAGCGCAGCCUGGGCAGAUGCCGCUUCACCUGGCCCGCGCGCUGUCGCCAUCUCCGCCAGUGUAUCGCCCAUCCGAUCGGCAAAUCGACGACAUUCGCAUCCUGGCACUGCCGCUGCCACGACGUCGCCAUCGCAUCAUCCACGCAAGUCGGAAUCGAAGCUACGCAGCGUGCUCUCCGUCAUCGACGAGAGCCAUCCGCGGCCAAACGGUGACACU